AUGGAGGAGAGUAGAAAACAUAGGAAUCUACAACUUCAAGAGUUGGAGGAAAUUCAUUAUGAUGCUCAUGAGAGUGUGCGAAUUUACAAGGAAAAGAUAAAGGCAUUCCAUGACAAGAUGAUUAGAUGGAAAAAAUUUGAAGUUGGUCAGAAAGUCUUCUUAAACCAAUCACGGCUUCAGCUAUUUCUAGUAGAAAUCCAUAGCACGGCAACUUCAAAGGUAUUCAAGGUGAAUGGCCAUAGGCUCAAGCCUUUCUAUGAAGGUUUCCAGGUGGAAGAAGUGAUAACGUUGAAACUUGAAAAUCCAAUUUAUGAUGAUUAA